ACAUGGGCAUGCAGAAAUAGAACUAUUUCUCUCCAUGGUUGUUUCCCGAUUUUACCUUCUGGGUUCAUGGCUGUGGAGCACAGAAGAGGGUCUUACCACAUGGGUAAUUAUGAAGACAAAGACGGCGUAUUUCUCUCCGUGACAGUUUUGAGAGACAGUUUCGUGAUUUUCGAUUUUAGUGUUUGCCAAUACAGAGUGCAGAAGAUAAAUUGUUCCGGAUCAAAAUGCCAGCCAGAAAAGACUGAGAACUGCUGAAAUGAUGACAAAAAACCCUGCAAAACAAAACAAUACACCAACAACAAAAGGUUGGUGUUAAGAAAGCGAGAUGGACUCUCGGACAGUCCUCAGGCAGCUGUUUCAAGUCGCUGCCGGGGUUAUGAUAUUGACUACAGCCGUCGCCAAUGAGGACCCUACGGAGGAAGGAACCGAAGUCAUCGGCAACUACACAAUCACCAUCAAAAUUAACAAAGACGAUGGAAUCAGCGCGAGCGCUACCACCUCUUUUACCUACAGGGUGUUUGGUGAGAAAGAUUAUGGGACACCGGCUGCUUCCCGAGCUACCUGUAGAGACAUGGAUAUUCCAUACACGGACAUUGCCGACAUCGGCAGAAUAUGUUCAAUUGGUCUUCAGCUGUCAUCGAAUUUUGGAAGUUGUUCGAUUAACAAGAUUAUAAUUAGGGACAACAACAGGAACGAAAAUGCUGUUUUUAACGUCAAGUCUUUCCUCCGGGAUUCGGAGUCCAGAUACCAGCGGGCAGAACCAUUGCAGUUGAGAUGGGAGAGGUGGGGAGAAUGGGACCCGUGUAACUGUGAAGAAUAUUAUAAAACCCGAUCACGGACAUGUCCGGUUGUUUCCGGGCAGUGCGAUAACGUGACCCCGUGUGUGGGGAAAGCCCAGGAGAAGGUGUCCUGCUCCUGUGACCCUCCUAAACAAGCAGAGUCCGCCUCAGACGACCAGGUCGUUGUGAUUCCCAUUAUUGGCGGCAUUGCCGCCAUCUUGGUCAUCGUCGUUGUUGCAGCUAUAUGUUACAGUAGGAAAAUUAACAAACGGAGUAAGAAGAGCGGAAACACUGGUCGGCAUGGAGACUGCCCAGAAAUUGUCAUCACUCCACCGGAAGAGGCGGAGAAUACAUGGUCGCCUAGCAACAACGCCUAUCCAACCAAAGCAAUAGGAGAACAGUCAAACUUGAUUGAUCCCGGAAAGUACGCAAUUGAUGAUGUCGAAUGGGAAAAGAAUGACUUAUAUGUCUCUUCUCGCCCGUGAGGUCCUGAUUCAGUUUUCACCAUAUUGGCUCGUUUCUACGGCUGCUGUUACAACUAGUAAUGGUCACACGACUCUCAGAAGACGUGCACACUCUAUCGAAUGCAUUGUUUGGGCGGAUAAAGUUUCAUAUUGUGAUUCUUGGGAAAGUCUCGCGAGAGUUGUUGUCGAUGAGACCGUGUAAAGCUGAAAAACAAGUGCAUGUAUGAUCAGCAUGUCCAUAGUGAUGGACAGUUUCAGUCUCAGUGACCAAGGUCCCUUGCCAGCAGACUGGCCUUUCUUCUUGUCUGAAUCAAAUUCCAAAUAUUUUAUAUGGACAGAAGGUAAUGUUGUAAAACCAAAUUAUGACUAACAGAAAACACAUUUUGGAUUUAGUGAGAAUGUUAACUGGUUUCCCCUGUUAAAUCGGCUCUGGAUCAUUCUAUGCAUCAGUGUGUUUUAUAUGAAAGUAGCAUUGAACUGUUCUAUACAUUACUGUGUCUUAUAUCAUAUAUUUAGCCAGCACUGGAUGCCUUACACUGCGAUCUAUACCGAUAUAUAAAAAUAUUGAUAUCGCUUCGAUUUGUCAUCAAAAGUAAAUUGGAAUAUUUGAAAAAACUGAUACAUGAUGCUAAUCUACUCGCCCAUGGAGUUGGAGUAGUUUGCACAUAUGCAGUGAAGUAAGGAUGUCUUGUUCCGGUGACAAUUUUCACAAGAACGUCAUGGUCUAAACAUCCAUCGUUAAUGCUCAGUGGCAUUGUGUACCUUUCCUAUACCAUUAAUGCCCAGUGAUAUUGUAUACCGUUAGUACAACAUUAAUGCUCAGUGACAUUGUGUACCUUUACUGCACGAUUAUUGCUCUGUGACAUUGUUUACCAUUGCUUCUCAGAAUGUCACGUCCUCGUGAACAGUGUAUCUUUUCCUAAGCAUAUCUUUCUUACCACUAAGGCAUCACAUUGCCAAUAAAUAACACUGAAGUGUUCAUUUACUGUUAUCACGUAUUAAUAAUAUGUUUAUUUCAGGCAAAAGCAGCCUACAGCUGUAUGAGCGCAAAUAUGACGAUGAGCAGAAAGCAUACAACAGAAUUACAAGACAGUAAUUUACAUGCGUGCAGGGCAAUAACUACAUGUAGGUGCAGCGUUUCAACCCAGUUGGCUUCAAGCUUGGAACAAACACCUAAAUCAAUAUCCAACAAGACACGAAUUAGCACAUUUUGACAAUAUAACAAGCCAUGACUAAAUUUGAGUGUUGAUUAAUUGAAUGAUAGAAUCCAUUCAUGCAAAACAUUGUAACUAGCUUUACAAUCCAGUAUUAUCUUGAAUUCCUCAUAUUCCUAAAUAAUUAUUUUUUUCAUACGUUUUCAGUAUUAUGUACAUGCUGCUAUCAAUUUACAAGCGGAAUGUUCUCAUGAUCCAUGUAGUAAUACAUCAUCUUGAAUGUUCUCAUAUUCAAAAAAUGAUACAUUUAAGUGUUACAUAUUGUUAUCAUAAACUGGUUACACAGCGCCAGUGUUGUGUUUAAAUA